UCCUCCACGUCUGAGGGCGCUGUAACACUUUGUUCAUCACCAAGUCCUCCAAAAGACAGUCGUAACCAGGACAAUGAAGAAACAGCUACCCAAACCGUGAUGGAUCUGUUUGAAAGUAACGAACCCCGAAGCUAUUUUAAAUCUGAGCAAAAUUCUGAGGUUUCGGCUAGACGACUGCCCUGGGCCCGCUUCUCAUCCUGGCUCGAGUGUGUCUGCGUUGUCACCUUCGACCUGGAGCUCGGGCAGGCCAUUGAGCUGGUGUAUCCACAUGAGGUUAAACUGACAGAAAAAGAGAAAACAAGCAUAUGCUACUUGUCUUUUCCAGAUUCGUAUUCAGGUUGUCUUGGAGAUACCCAGUUCAGUUUCCGGGUCCGACAGUCUGUGGGACGGAAGACAUUAUGGUUUCAGGAGGAGAAUGCAUAUAACAGGGAGGCACCAGUGGCACUGAAGAGAGAUACAGCACAUUACUAUGGAUAUGUCUACUUCAGGCAAGUUAAGGAUGUUUCUGUGAAGAGAGGAUAUUUUCAAAAGUCUCUUGUGCUGAUUUCCAGACUCCCCUAUGUGAAUCUAUUCCAAUCCCUGUUGCAGCUCAUUGCACCUGAAUACUUUGAGAAGUUAGAGCCUUGUCUGGAGGCAGUGUGCAAUGAGAUUGAUCAAUGGCCUGCUCCAAUCCCAGGACAAACUCUGAAUCUGCCAGUGAUGGGGGUGGUUAUACAGAUGAGAAUUCCCUCAAAGAAUGACAAACCAGGAGCCAGUCCUCUUAAGCAAUCCUGUCAGGAGAAUUUGUUGCCAGCACCUAUGAUUCUGUCUACAGUCCAUGAACUGGAUCUGUUCAAAUGUUUCCAGCCGAUCCUGAUUCAUAUUCAGAUGCUGUGGGAGCUGAUGUUACUGGGAGAACCAAUUGUUAUCAUGGCACCAUCUCCUACCGUUUCCUCAGAAACUAUUCUUGCGCUCACCAGUUCUAUUUCCCCAUUAAAAUACUGCUGUGACUAUCGCCCCUACUUUACAAUUCACGACAGUGAAUUUAAAGAGUACACAACCAGGACACAAGCACCGCCCAAUGUUAUCUUGGGGGUAACAAACCCUUUCUUCAUCAAAACCUUCCAAUACUGGCCCCAUAUCAUCCGCAUAGGAGAGCUGAAAAUAUCUGGUGACUUGCCUAAACAAGUUAAAGUGAAGAAACUUACAAAGCUGAAGACGCUAGAUACAAAACCUGGGAUCUACACGGCUUAUAAAACAUUUCUUCACAAGGACAAGACACUUAUCAAAAGACUUUUAAAGGGGAUUCAAAGGAAGCGACCAUCGGAGGUACAGAGCGCCAUCUUGAGGAGACACUUACUGGAGCUCACUCAGAGUUUCAUAAUACCUUUGGAACGUUACCUGGUGAGUCUAAUGCCGCUGCAAAGAGCUGUAACUCCAUGGAAGAACCCCCCUCAAAUCAGACCCUUCAGUCAGGAGGAAUUUAUGAGGACACUUGAACAUUCAGGACCUCAACUUACCUCUGUUCUCAAAGGGGACUGGAUUGGGCUUUACAGGCGAUUUUUCAGGUCACCAAACUUCGACGGCUGGUAUCGCCAGCGGCACAACGAAAUGACCCAGAAACUGGAGUGCCUUCACUUAGAGAUUAUCUGCGAGGCUGACCUGUUGGCGUGGAUUAAAGAUAAAUCUGAAGUUGAGAUUGUGGAUUUAGUAUUGAAACUACGGGAGAAGCUGGUUAAAGCUCAUCAUCAACAGCUCCCUGUCAGAGAGGAGGUGCUCCAGAAACUAGAGUUAUACAUUGAGACCAUCAUCAGCUCCCUACCUGAAGACUUACAGGUUGUUCUUCAUCGCCACUGACAAAACAUCACAAGAAAUUGUAUCUCCUUUGUUUGCAGAAGUGUAAAAAAAAUGCCCUGUUCUAAAAGGCCCCCCCCCCCCACUGUUUUUCAAGCAGUUUAAGUCUUUCGUUUUCUUCAAAAAAUUAUAAAAACUACAGUUUUGUUUAUUUAUUUAUUUAUUUAUUUGUUUAUUAAAUUAUGAAUUAAUUCUUCCACAUACAUUGUAUUUAAAUUCCUGUCUUGACUAUGUAUUAAGUGUUCUACCAGAUGCCUUCUUUUAAAAUUUAAAACAAAACCCAGAAAACAACGUCUGCAUAGUUUUGUAAAAUAGCCUACUUGAUGCAGGAAAGGAUACAAAAAAAAAGGCAAUUCCAAAAAAGGAUGUUCGUUUACAGACAGUAAGAAGGAAUGUCAUAACAUCAGCUUUUAACAGCAGUAUACACGCGAUCCUUAACUUACGAUACACGGCUCUUACGACUCUCCUGCAUUGUUACCCUGCUUCGACUUUAAGACAUCGAUACGGCAUUUGUGACACAGCAAGACCUGAGCCAUGCGUCAUGUGCGCAGCUCGGUGUCCAAACUGCAGUACCUGUCGUGGUCGGCCUGACUUAAUCUAGCAGAUUUUUUUACACUGAAUUCGUCAUUGGAAAGCCCCUAGUCUGUACUUUUAAACAAGCCAGGUAGGUGUCUGAGUAUUAAGCUUGUAACCACUGGGCUGAGUGUGAAGAGUUAAAUAAAUAUUUGCAUGAGUACAGUAUGACAGGUCAUGUUUGUAAAACUGUAUUAGUUGGAUGAAGAGUCAGGAACGUAACCCCAAUUUCUAACAUUGUUCCUUUGGGAAAAUGUGCUUUGACUUACGACGCUUCAACUUACAAUGCAACUUUCAGGUACCAAUUGUGUCGUAAGUGCGAGGACUGCCUGUACAUUGUACCAUAUUGAUUAAAGGUAUACUAGUAAAUACCAACAGAAGUGGACUAAACCAUUCACAUUAGCUUAAAUAAUUGCUUUGUUCAUUUUUCAUAGUCGUGAAAGGUGGGUUAGAGCUAUUUUAAGAAGAUUUUACAGAAACUGUUAAAAAAUAAAAUCAGAAAACAUUGUUCAGUUGUAUAACAGCCUCUUCUUUUUGCCUUUUUGCCAACUUUGUAUCCACAUUUUAAAUGUAUCCACGUUUUAGAUGUUUGGCUUAUUUUGGCAGAACUAUACAUUGAUUGCUAAUAUAACCACCAGACAGACAAAAUAGUAAAUCACUUGGCUAGUGAACAAGACACUUUUUUCUAGUGUUGGAUAUAACGCAGUCAUUUACAAUAAUUACUCCUAUAAUUUUUAUCAUGUUGUUAUUUUGUAUACCACACACCUAAGACCUAUUUAGUGUGAUUUUAAAAAACAAAGGAAAUAAAUUACACAGGAUUGUGUCCAUUCUACUUUGGCUGUCACACAGUAGUUUCAGUAACACUGGUAAAAUUGCUGUCUCUUUUUAAAUGAAAAUAAAAAGGAAACAAUACUUGUUGAAGUACAAUAUGUAGAUAAUUAUGGUCUGCAAUUAUUAUUAUUAUUAUUAUUUUAAUCAAUGCAUUGUUAAAUUUCUUCAAUGUUUUACAGAGCUGAUGCACAUUUUACAGUAUUCUGAAAACAAAGUUUAAAUGUACAGUAGUGUAAAAUAUUUCAACGUAGAUCUGUUUGAAAUGGGCAAGUUUCAUAGAUAUUGUAGUUUUAAUCCAGACUGACAUUAAUAGUGCAGAAUAAUGUGCUGUAUAAAUACUACAUUAAUAAAAUA